UCACUCGCCACCCAGAGCGGAUAGCAGCCGUCUCUCGCCUACAGACCUUCGCUUUGUUGUUGUUUAUUCGUUCGUGACAUCUCGGGGUACCGUCAUCAGUGUGGAGCUCAGAUUCGGAACAAAAUUGACAACUUGUGAUUUGUUUUAGUUCAAAUAUUUUGUUUAUCAGUAAUAAUUUUGUUUUCUUUAAAUAAAUAUGUGAAGUCGGAUUCUGUGAGUGUGAAAAUUCGAAAAGCAAACUGUGCUGCAUUCUUUUUCCCUUGGCCUGACGUAUGACUUUCGGAAGAAACGCUUUUGAAGUGUUGUUUUUCCCAAAACAACUUUUCUUUCGCUGUUGGAGGAUUACUAAACUAAUGCGCACGAGUGGCUUUUGAUGACCUUUACAACAGUGGAAUAGCUGAAACUGUUAUAAGCAUCAGUGAUAACAUUUCUUGUAUGUACUCACCCCGUUCAAAAUGACUGCUUGUUUACUCAGCGUAUUUUCAGAUUACUUGAAACUUGUAUUAUGUGAGCAAACGUUUCCUUUUAUGUUUCUCAGAUAAGUGGAACGUUCUGAACAGAGGACAGACGUAUACUUGCGUUCUUCAUUAAAACUCGAGUCUUUCGGGGGAUUUCCUUUUGUGGCGUCAUUUGUACUGGACUAAACUAUAAGAUAAUAAUUUCGUUAAAUCUUGAUCACAAGGAAAUCACAGUCCCCGAAUGGUGAGAGAGAUGGCGGACAUUCUAACCCCUUCUCCUCACGACUUCACGGAGAGCAAAUUUCCGUUUCACUCUACUUCAAAGCUUGCCAUGGACACACAAUCGGGCUCCAAGCUGUCCAUGGAUACACUGAGCCCCCUGUCCCCUCUGGCCACGAACAUUAGAGACAAUGGCUGUGCCACGCUCCCAAAUGGAAAACCACACAACUACACCAGCAACAACGGUGGCAGCAACAAUAACAACGCCACCAUACGAAGCGUCGUGGGAGACACAGGGAGUUAUGGCAAACGCAGUAACCACAGCAGCGGAGAUAGCAGCAUCAGCAGUGGCGGUUCUAGCGUCAAUAGUGUCUUCUUUAGAGGGAGCGGCAAGCCACCAGUACCCGCCCCUCACUCCGGGAAUGAGUACGUUAGGGAACCUCUCAAGGUCUCCCAACACCUGCACUCUAAAACGAUCCAAUGCCCUCGUCUGUACCCACACGGGCCGUUGCCUAGCGACAGCAGUGACACCUGCCUCAAAUCGAAAAUUGGACUCUCGGAGGAAGUGACGUACACGAUAACGGACGAGAUGGACGACGCUUCCAACCAGGUGGUGUUUCUGCCCCCGCCCCCGACGGAUAUCGACUCGGACAACGACUCUGUCGGUGGUUGUGACAUCGGAGGUCCGUGCUCCCCUCGGCACCACGACUGGCGGUCCUCCCGGGACCUCAGCAAGUCGCCGACCUCGAGAACGUUCAGUGGACAGGGCAAUAACAAGUGCCUCUGCUGCAUGCUUCUGGUGUUUGUGAUGUCCACUGCCGGGCUUACCGCUGUACUGGUCCUGUUGUACCUGGGAGAGCUGCAGUUGGCGCCUAUUCCCAAGAUUCCCGCCAUUAGGGACCAGGGCCGGGCACAGCUAGGGGAAGGCGCGCUUGUCCGGGAGGUGUGUGAGACCCCGGCCUGCCUCAAGACGUCAUCCAGCAUUCUUUCACGUAUGAAUACAAGUGUCAACCCUUGUGAGGAUUUCUACUCGUACGCUUGCGGUGGAUACCUUGAGGAAGCGGAUCUGUCCUGGUUUAAAACGAGACUGCGGGAAUCUCCAGACGAAAUAAUUCAUGAACACCGGAAAUACAUUAUCGCUCGUCUCUACUGUGGCCGACUACGCCAACCCAUGGACAAGCCCGAGGGAUUUUUCUAGAGACCGGAUGUCGUCCAAACAGACGGAAGCUAAGAGGAACCUGGCUCAGCUCAACGACAUGCUUGUCCACCUGAUCAGACCAACAGUAAACGAGUCGGAUGCUAGGAACAUUGUGGACAACUUCCUUCGGCUUGAGGCGCACAUACAGAGGAUUCUGAAUACCGGCAGAGACAAGCUUGAUCACGAAAAUGAAGAGGAGGAAAUGUCCUGCGAUCCUUACAGCAGUCGAAAAACAAUGGGCGAACUCCAGGUCAAAUACAACGGUUUCGGCAUCGACUGGAUUGCUUUCUUCCAGAACGUGCUUGAUACCCAGGAUGCUUCUGACAUCAAAUUCUGCACUGUCAAACUGAGCCUGGAACUGCAACACUUGCUGAAAAUCACCCCCAAAGCGACCAUCCGACAGUUCAUCAUUCUCCACACCUUGAUUCACUCUGAUCUCUUCAUCCUUCUUAACUCCAACAACCACCAGAGUCUCGUGGAAACGCCUGAGGGUGACCUUGUUUCUGAAACACAGGAAGAGCAAUGCCUGGACCUCCUCCUGCACUUCCUACCCUCACUGGAAAAAUACUCGGGCUGUGACGAACAGAUUAUAUACGAAACUCGCCUUCACGCAUUCAACACAUUACGCAAUAUCAGAGAAGCUCUGUAUCAUGUGAUGACCACUUCGGUUCUCAUUGCCAAAGACAAUGCCGCUUACGUCACCAACUCCAGUAUGAAACCUGUAAUGGAAACCGUGAACCAGGAGCUAGUAACGAGGUGCCAGUCAGGAGCCGGACCUCAGGGGCCGUUCGAUGAAUACAGUUUCAAUUCGAAUAUGCUUCGAAUCAUACAGUACCACCAUGGGGAGUAUUUCCGUGGGCGACUCUCUCGUGCCGCCAGGGACUUGGACCUAUCAGCGCUAUGGAUCUCUGCCAGCGUGCAAGAUAGCCACCGGACCAGAGCUGGUCCCAUCGUGUACCCGUCACCCGUACCCCAGCCCAUUCUGUACGGCUCUCUCGGCACUUUUCUCGCUUCUCGGGUCGCGGAGAAAACCGGCAUUAACGAUUUACUGGAACAUCACCUAGAGCUCAAGUUGAACCACAGCAUCAUCAUGGCCCUUGCCUGGCGCCUCGACUGCCUCAGGGUCAUGUACGGACAGAUGAAAAUCCUGGAUUACGGAACUCAGGCUUACAAGGUAAACGGCCUAAAAACUAAAGACCAGCAAUGGAAGGACCAGCUUGCAAUGCAGCUUGCUCACCUGGCUUGGAUGAGAUCGGACAUGGAACUGGACGCUGACCAUUUUAUCCCUGGCCUCACCUUCACCAGACCCCAGAUGUUUUUUAUCGCGUUUGCACAGACUCGUUGUGAAAAGAUCAGUGAGAGGGGAAUCCUGCAGCAUUACGUCAGCAAAGGACCGAGGGACACACCCAGAAUUCCAGGCCGUCAGAUAAUCAAUGGAGUCUUGAGAAGUUCGGAUGCGUUCUCCAAUGCCUUUCAGUGCUCUGACAACGCUUACAUGAACCCAAUGGACAAAUGCAGAGUGAUUACAGAGUAGGUUGCGUUUCAGUGUCGACUGUUGGGUGCAAUGGGAUGCAAAAAGGGAGAAGAGGAUGACAUGGGUUCAAACCCUAACUGGUGUUUAUCUGAAAAGUGUGGUCAUUUUUACGGAAUUGUGAAUACCUGCUUCCUGUACAUGAUGUCAGAUUUGAACGUAGGAAUGUGGUACUUUUCAAUGUUCCAUUACAACGUUCAAUAGCAUAUUCGUUGAACUUGUCUACUCAGAGUAUCCUGAACUAAUAGUGGAUGUGGCUUAUUAGAACAGAGUGGGCCGGAAAAUAUCUGACCUGGUGAGUGAAAGGAUUGGAAGACAAAAGUGCUCAGCGUUUACUAGUAGUAAAUCAAGUCGAUGAGUUGUUUCGUGCAGUGGUGGGACUAUUAUUGUGUAUUUUCUAAGACGCCGAAAUAAUAUUUAUUGUUGCGAAUCAGACUGAUGGCAAAGGAAGAGACGACGGUCGUCCUAGACAAGUGAUGGGACAUAGGAAUUGCAUUCUGAAGAACGUACAUGCCGUUGUUCGCCAGCACAGCAGGAUGGGAUAUUGCGACCGUAAAUAAAUAAUUUUCCCCCCGAUUCACGGAGUUUACCAAGUGUCAGAUGGAGACCUGGCAAUCUGUAGCGAAGGAAUACAUGUAUAAUGACAACAGUUGUUUGCCGAUGGCAUCUUGUAUUAAUCCUCUAUGUCAUCCGGGCUAGCCAAUCAACCUUUGGUGAAGGCACAUGAACCUUCUAUUCAGAGGGGAUAUCCAAUAAUCACACACUUGCAUCUUUUUUUUAAAAACUUAUUCAAAGUUUACUUCAUCAAGAAAUAGAUUGAUGAUCUAAGAAAAUUGCGAGGUAUCAUAGUUUCAUACCAAUGGUGAAAUGAUGAUGAUUUUGACUCUUAGAAUUCUUUGGUUUCUUAUAGGAUCGGCAUUAUGAAACUAGAAAUCGAUGAACGCGAAAUAAGACAUAACCGAAGCAAAUCGAAACCCCGAUAUGGAAUAUUUAUAUUAUGUUGCGCCUUGACGAUUGAUUAAAUGUAAAAUGUCCGUUGUCUUGGUUUUCAUCGUCCCAGUAUCAUGUCAUCUAAUUCGAUGUGGAAAUGCACUUUAAAGCCACCAGUUUCACGUCGAAAAGCAGUCUAUCCUACAACACUCCCAUGUGUAACGUAACUUGGUUGCAUGCAUUAUAUUAUAAUAUAGCAUUCAAGCGCUCGGGCGUAAUUCAGGUUCCCCAUUGAAUGCACCAUUUGACUCUAUUUGGAACCAAAUGGAAGGCACGAAGGGAAAGUUGGCGCGCUCUCUCGACAAUAGUUAAUGGAUUGUUGCUCUUUAUUCGCUAUCGGGCACACAGUAGGCACCAGCGCAGCAAAUUUCAAUAGAAGAUAAAGAGCGACGGCCACGACGGUGCGCGGUCUAGGACUUGAUAAUCCAAGUCUGAGCUUAGUUAUAUGAUAAGUAGUGUCCUGUUUACACGUUUUGAGCAAUGAUUCUCAACAUAAGUUCGUCAUUACCAAAGACUCCAUUGAGGUCGGUUCUCCUUUUUCCGAUUCUUUUCUUUUCAUUUUUCUAGAAGCGAAAUGACUCUGUAGUUUUUAUUCCGAUAGACGGACGAUAGAAUAAUACUUUAUUGAGUACAAUUAAGUAUCACCGCUUCUAGUUAGUCCUGACUGGCUGGGUUGAAGUAGACUGCCUCAUAAAUGAUCAACAUCGACAGGAAAUUUCGAAAUUCGUAAAGUCAUAAAAACCACAGCAGGUGUCAUUAGACGCCAUGAGGAUUUAGCUGAGGCAAAAUUUCACAUACGAUACAAACAGAGACAAUAACGUGUUUGUUUUCCGUUUGUUAUAUUUUCAUCUUUGCCUUUAUAGACGAUAAGGGUGGGCAUGAGGGAUGAAAUUGCUGCUAAACGUAAUUUGCAGUGCAGACCACUAAUGUAAUACCAGGCCUCAAUCAAUUGCUUUUGUGCAAAUUACAAUUUUGAUCUUUUAAUAUAGAACGUGGGCAUCAUGGACAUACUUAAUGCACGCUACAGAUGUAAGAAUAAUAAUAAAAUCCACACUUAAUAAUUAAUAGAAGCUUAUGAGAAUAGAUAAUACAUUAAUAAUAAACAAA